AUAUUAAUUCCCACCUUUGGUUUGGGAGGCAGCAUGUUAGCAACAGUACAACAGUCCAAGUGGAUAUUAUGUCGUUGAUGGCAGCUUGCUUCAGUGAGCAGGCGCCCAGCAGACGCAAACGCAGAGCCGCCGCCUGCUUUUAGAAUAAACGAAGGACUGUCAAGCUCAGAUCGAAACUUUUUUUGGGGGGGAGUUGCCUUGACAUGUCUUCCUCGUACAACAGUAGUGCGCGUUUCAACGAGGCCCGGAGAGUGGCAAUCUUCGGCGGGACUCACGGGAACGAGAUGUCCGGAGUGACUCUUGUGAACCUGUGGAUGAAGAACGGCGCCGAAAUCCAAAGAAAGACUGUCGACACGAAACCUUUCAUCACCAACCCGAGGGCUGUGGAAAAAUGCGCCAGAUAUGUGGACACGGACCUGAACCGAGCGUUCACCCCGGAAAACCUCAGUGCUUCGGGGGGCAAGGAGUUGCCCUAUGAAGUGCAAAGAGCUCAGGAAAUCAACAGACUAUUUGGACCGAAAGGAAGCCCGGAGGCUUACGAUGUCAUCUUUGAUCUCCACAACACCACGUCCAACAUGGGCUGCACUCUCAUUCUGGAGAACUCCAAAGACCACUUCAAUCUGCAGAUGAUGAACUACAUUAAGAAAGCCAUGGCUCCCGCCAGUUGUCUCGUUCUUCUGAACGAGCAUCCUCUUCUGAAAUACUCUACUUCCCGCUCCGUAGCCAAACAUCCCGUUGGCUUGGAGGUGGGUCCUCAGCCUCAAGGGGUUUUGAGGAGUAACAUAUUUGAAGCAAUGAGGGUCAUACUCAAACAUGCCCUGGAUUUCAUCGCUUUGUUUAACGAAGGCAUGGAAUUCCCAUCCUGCAGUGUGGAAGUUUUCCGGGUUUCAGAGAGAGUUGACUACCCCAGGGACGCCAAUGGAAACAUUAUUGCCAUGGUGCACCCCAAUUUGCAGGACUGUGACUGGGAGCCACUGAACCCGGGUGACCCAAUGUUCCAGACGUUUGAUGGGAAGACCAUUCCCUACAAAGGCCCCGGCACUGUUUAUCCCACGUUUAUUAAUGAGGCGGCCUAUUAUGAAAAACAACAGGCAUUUGUCACCACUAGACGAGAAACUCUGAUGGCAAGCGCCAUUAGAAAAGCAUAAGAAAAAAAAAAAAAAAAGAUUUCGUGUGAGCACGUGAAGCACCAUAAUUAUUUCUAUACAUCUUUUGCACUUUCUUCCUCACAUAGUUGAUGCCACCUUUUGCUCAACGGUUUUAUGCUUUUGAGCACUUAUUGACAGCAAAUCAAUUAACUAUGCAAAGAACAUCUUUGCAAGGCAAACACUUUGCUGUGACGAGUCUUUAACUCAUUCACUGCCAUUGAUGGUGAUAGACGGCAAAUCCAUUAGAACUGGAAUGCCUAGCAUUGAGUGAUCAUAGUUCACUGCCAUUGACGGUGAUAGACGUCCAAUCCAUUUUGACUGGCAGCCCCCCAGUUGAACUGGAUUGGAUGUCGAUCACUGUCAGUGGCAGCCAAUGAGUUAAUCUGGAGGUUUGAGGUACAGUAUAUUGUGGUUAUGAUACUUUUGUUAUUUAUAACUAUAACUUUGAUUGAAACAAUCAUUAAAGAUUUUACUAGUUCAUGCUUAAUGAUUAGUUGCUGUAUAUUUCAUUUUCACGCUCAGGAAGCUAAUUAGGAUAAUAACCUGUGACCUUUGACCCCAAGCUGUGGUGAUUUGUCUUCCUCCCAAUUAUAUACUGUAUUUGUAACACCCUAGAAGGUUAUUUGUGGCCUUUGAAGCUACCUGCCUGUAACUCCUGUAGUUGCAUCUGUGGUGCUCUCCUAUUGUUGCCUUAAAAUAAUAAUAAUGAUAAUUGCACUGCCAAAUUUUAGAGUAGAUAUGUUGCUAACAACAUACAUGUAUUUUAAUAAUAAUAGUAUAUGCUCCUUCCCUCUACACCCAAUGAAAAUAGUAAUUUGUGUCUAUUUUGAUAUUAUUGUACUGUACGUUUCAAGUGCUGUGUACUUAUGGCAGAUGUGGAUUGUUUUUAAAUGUUUUUUAGUGUCUUUGUCAACAUCAGGGUAUAUUUGUGGUCCUAUUGUCACUUUCAUAAUGUUUCAUGAUUAUACAUGUUAUCACUAUUUAUAUGAUAAUCAAGUUCACUGUCCUUUAAAUACUGUGGAAAUAGUCCCCAAAAUAAAUAUAUAAUAUAG